AUGGUUUGCUCUAGCAUGAAAUCUCCUGGGGUCGCCGAGGAGCAAAUUAGACUUAGAGUCUUCCCCUUCUCUCUCAAGGAUGUAGCGAAGGAUUGGCUAUACUAUCUACGUGCAAGUAGUAUCACCACAUGGGCACAAUUGAAAAAGAAAUUCUUAGAAAAAUUCUUCCCCGUAUCCCGGGCUACGAGUUUGAGAAAGGAAAUAUGCAGUAUCAAGCAGUAUUUUGAGGAGUCCUUGUACGACUAUUGGGAAAGGAGUAUCAUUGACACUGCGAAUGGAGGAGUCCUGGCGAACAAGACACCGAAGGAAGCGUGGGAGCUUAUUGAAGCCAUGGCAAAGAACUCUCAGCAAUUAGCCAUGGAAAACACACCGCGAGUGAAAGUAUGUGGAAUCUACACGAGUAUGGACCACUGCACGGACAUGUGCCCCCUUUUGCAAGAGGACGGGACGGAACAGGUAAACAUGGCCGGAGGUGUGCUCGCGCCCCGCAGGCAGUAUGACCCCUACUCCAACACAUACAACCCCGAUUGGAGAGACCAUCCCAAUCUCAGUUAUGGGAACAGGCCACAAAAUUCAUUCCCAAAUCGUCCACCAGGGUUUCAGCAACCAUGGCAACUAAAACCACCUGCAUCCUCCAAGGCAGGAAGUUCUCUGGAGGAUAUUGUCAAGAGUCUGGCUACGACUACCGCCCAGAUCCAGCAAGAGACUAGACAGCUCCAGCAAGAGACCAGAUUAUUAACCUCGAAUAUGGCUCAGUUCCAGCAGGAGACCAAAUCAGACAUGAAAGAUAUGGAGGCUCGAAUAAGCCAAAUGGCAACUACCAUCAAUCGUCUGGAGUCCCACGCUCACGAAAAAUUGCCAUCCCAACCCGAGGUAAAUCCCAAGAAUGUAAGUGCCACGACACUGAGGAGUGACAAGGAACUCAAGGGACCUAAAGUGAAAAAUUCGAAAAGCAAAAGUGAGAAGGAGAUAGAAAAAGAAAUUGAAGAGGAAUGA